AUGUCCACGGUCGCUCAGCUGCCUAUGUAUGACGACGAGAAGCACUCCUCUGAAGGCUCUAUCGAGAAAGAGAAGGCCGCGGAGGAGGUAGAUAUCGUCGAUGUCCAGAACUUGAAGGAGGUAGAGGAGCUUGAAGAGCGGCUUGCCAAUGAUGAAGCUGACGAGGAUGAGUAUCGCGUUGAAGCGGCAUACGAGGUCGCCACGAAGGUUUUGUCCACACGCGACGAUCCAGAUCUGCCCGCAGUAACAUUCCGCACCGUCUUCCUCGGCCUGGGGUUCUCGGCUUUCGGAGCGGUUCUGGCGCAGAUAUACUACUUCAAGCCGCAAACACUCUCCGUGUCGGUGCUGCUGUUGCUGGUUCUGUCGUACUGGUUUGGCAAUGCCAUGCACAUGUGUUUACCCUCUCAGGGUGUAUUCAAAUGGCUGAACCCUUGCCCCUUCAACAUCAAGGAGCAUGUCGCCAUUGUCAUCAUGACUUCGACGGCAUCUACCUCGGCGACGGCCAUUCAAGUCAUAUCCGUGCAGGAGUUAUUUUACAACAAUAACAUGAAUCCUGGCAUUGCGAUCUUCACCUUGAUUGGAUCGCAGUUGAUUGGCUAUGGGUAUGCUGGUCUCCUGCAAGACGUGCUCGUGAAGCCGACCAAAUGUUUCUGGCCGAGCAACAUUUACACAGCCAAUCUAUUCCAGGCGUUGCAUUUCGACAGCCAGAUGACGUCCAAGCGCGUGCGCCUGUUUUGGACGAUCUUCGCGAUCAUGUUUUGUUGGGAGAUUGUGCCCGAAUGGAUCUUCCCUGUGCUCACUGGCGUUUCGAUCUUCUGUCUUGCGGAUAACCACAGCGUGGUGAUCCGCAAUAUCUUCGGUGGAGCGGACAACAACGAGGGCAUGGGCCUGCUCGCGUUGUGCUUUGACUGGAAUUAUAUCGGGAGUAGUAGCAUGUGGCAGCCUCUCUGGUUCCAGGUCAACUCAUAUAUCGGCAUUUGCUUUACGUACAUCCUCAUGAGCGCUGUGUACUACGGACACCUGUGGAAGGCGCAGCAGUUCCCGUUCAUGAGCCAGGCGAUCUUUGCCGAGGAUGGCACCGAGUAUAACCAGACCGCGCUUUUGACGGAUGGAAAGUUCGAUCCCGUCAAGUUUGCGAAGCUUGGGCCCGCGUACUUUUCUGCCACGAACGCUCUAGGAUUGAUCACGUCGAAUCUGUCGCUCGGUGCCCUUGUCACGCACAUCGCCAUUUGGCACUACCAUGACCUCAAGCCAUUUGUUCAGUCACUCAACCCAUGGAACAAACAUGUUCACAUAGUUCACGAUGUGCACUGGGAGCGCAUGAAGGUCUACAAGCAGAUUCCACGUUGGUGGUAUAUUGCCGUCUUGCUCGUCGCGUACGCUGUGGCCCAAGCCACCAACUACACCGGUAACUCGGGGCUUCCUUGGUGGGCGCUGACGGUGCUACUUUUCAUCGGUUUCGUGCUCUGCGCCCUCUAUGCUACUCUUAUGGCUACAAUCGGAUUUUCGAACAACCCGGCAGGUUUCUUCGAGAUGAUCACAGCCUAUAUGGUUCCAGGUAACCCUGUCGCCAAUAUGUACGGCGCACUGUACGGAGGCCAGCCCAUCACGCAGGGGAUCAACUUCUUGUCGGAUCUGAAAUUAGGACAAUAUACCAAAGUGGCGCCUCGUGUGACAUUUUGUAUGCAGUUGGGCGGAACAAUCGUUGGGGCACUUCUCAAUUACGUUAUGAUGCUGUCAAUCAUCGACGCCCAGAGACCUGCCUUGCUAUCGAUCUCCGGAACCCGCCUCUGGUCGGGGCAGAAUGCACAAGGAUACAACUCUAAUGCUAUUGCCUGGGGGGCACUUGCGCCGCACAUGUUCAGUCCUCAUGCCACCUACCACAUGGUACCCCUGUCGCUCGUGAUAGGGGUAUUCCUUCCCUUCCCCUUUUACAUUGCUUAUCGCAUUUGGCCUAAGGCAGGCUUUGAGAACUUCAAUACAUCUAUCAUCAUGCUCUAUUCGUGCUGGCUGGCUGUCGGGAUUAAUACGCAAGUAAAUACUACCAUGGCUAUUGGCAUCUUCGUGCAAUGGUGGGUACGUACUCGGUACCCACGGUGGUUCACGAAGUAUAACUACAUCGUUGCGGCGGCAAUGGAUGGUGGCACUCAAGUCAUCAUGUUCAUUCUGAACUUUGCUUUAUUCGGUGCUGCAGGGAACGCGCACACAUUCCCGCAGUGGUGGGGCAACGACUUGAGCCUUUCCGCAGACCGUUGCAUAGCGCCACCACAGUAG